GAAAGAGGUCCUAAUUCGGUGUCUUCCGUGUUUUGUGCCCCGUGGCGCUCAGUUCUCGCGUUGGUUUCACAGCGCUGGAUUUCCCACACGCAAUUAAAAUGUAAAAAUAAAAAAGUAGGCAUUGGGAUAAUCAUUAAAAGGUAGAUGGCACCUUCAUUCUGAGUUGGAUCAAGAGGCACCUUUACAAGCCGAAUAUUUGCACGUUUUUGAGGAAUCUGAAUAUGAACGCCGAAAUUCCUUAGGAAUGCUGCAUGAGUGCAGGAGUGGGACUUCGCUGCACUCCUCGCUCUCCACUGUUUCUCCGUUGCACAGGAUUUGUUUAACAAAAAAUGAAUUUUUUAUAAAUGUGUCCUGGAUGAUUAAAACUGUCUGUGCGUACGGUGAGGUUUUGCCAGAGCAGACCUGAAGAUGUGUGGCUGAUUAGGAGAACGCUGUGCCUCUCCCCGCUAUGCCCAGGCGAGGGCUGCAGCUGCAAGGCCGGGUGCGCUGGCUCCUUCUGGGUAUAUUUUUACUUCUUGUUUUCCUGUUCUUUGCCUAUCUUCUGGAGUGUACACCACCUGCAGAUGUGAGCCAUGGAAUGCCUGGUCUUGCAGUGGAUCCUUAUGGAAAAGAAUAUUAUCAGGCGCUGCUCCAGGAGCAAGAGGAGCGGCACCUCAGCCGAGCAGCCAGCCUCAAGAGGCAGAUUGCGCAGCUUAAACAGGAGCUCCAGGAGAUGAAUGACAAGCUAAAGACUCUGCAAGAGAGAAAAGAGAGCCCUGUGAUUCAAGGCCUGGUUGAUGGCAAAGAUCAGGAACCCAGUGACCUGUUGGAAUUCCUGCAUUCGCAGAUCGAUAAGGCCGAGGUCAAUACAGGAGCGAGGCUCCCCAGCGAAUAUGCUCUAGUCCCAUUUGAAAGUUUCACCACAACAAAGGUUUAUCAGCUGGAGAUGGGUCUCACUCGGCAUCCCGAAGAAAAGCCUGUACGCAAGGACCGUCGAGAUGAGCUGGUCGAGGUGAUCGAGGCAGGUCUUGAUAUUCUAAACAACCCUGAUGAAGAGGACGGUCAGGAGGAGGACAUCCCUAUGCAGAGGCAGAUCUUCACGGAGAGCCAUUUUGUCGAGGGGCUUUACAGGACUGAGCGGGACAAAGGAACACAGUACGAGUUGUAUUUUGCGAAGGACAAUGCCCAUGAAUUCCGUCACGUAACUCUCUUCCGUCCAUUCGGCCCCUUAAUGAAAGUGAGGAGCACGUCCGUGGACACAGGCAGCACAGUCAUUAAUAUUAUAGUGCCUCUGUCAGGCAGAACAGAAGCUUUCACUCAGUUUCUACACAACUUCAGGGAGGUGUGUAUACAUCAGGACAAGCGAGUGCAUCUUACAGUGGUCUACUUCGGUGAAGAUGGCUUGCAAGAGGUCACAUCAUCCUUGCAAAAAAUGUCCAGCGAGGAGAAUUUCAUGAACUACACUCUAAUCCCUGUGGACGAGGAGUUUUCCCGUGGCAGGGGAUUGGACAUUGGUGCUCAUGCAUGGAAAAAAGAGACUGAUGUGCUAAUGUUUUUCUGCGACGUCGAUAUUUAUUUCAACCACGAAUUCCUGAACACGUGCCGUCUCAAUACAGCUCCAGGCAAACGAGUGUUCUACCCAGUAGUGUUUAGUUUAUACAAUCCUGCCAUAGUCUAUGGAAAUCUUGAAUUGACUCCACCCAUUGAACAUCAGUUGAUUCAUAAAAAAGAUGCUGGAUUCUGGAGGGACUUUGGAUUCGGCAUGACGUGUCAGUAUCGCUCGGACUUCCUCACUAUCGGAGGCUUUGAUCUGGAGGUAAAGGGUUGGGGAGUGGAGGAUGUCCAUCUGUACAGGAAGUAUCUGAGGAGCGAGCUGAUCGUGAUGCGCACGCCUGUUUCAGGUCUUUUCCAUCUGUGGCAUGAGAAGCUUUGUGCAGACGAGUUGACGCCAGAACAGUACCGCAUGUGCAUCCAGUCCAAAGCAAUGAACGAAGCUUCUCACUCUCAUUUGGGCAUGCUGGUGUUCCGCGAGGAGAUCGAAAACCACCUCCGUAAACAGGCCUAUAAAAGCCAGAGCAGGGCAGAAGAUUGAAACAGGUCCAGUAAACCUGCUAGCAGUAAGCACAAUCUCCGAGAGCAUUACAGCAGGACACAAUUUAACCAGCUGAGAUUUGUUUAAAUCUCGCAACAUUAACACAUUUUCUAAAAGAAUGCAGAUAUUUUUUUUUUUGAUAUUUUGUAAAAAAAAAAAACACAAUCCCAAGGAUCAACUAAGAAUAAAUCUGGUUGAACAAAGUGUAUGAUAAAA